AGUGUUGAAAAUUUCUUUUGUUGCCUGGGGUCCAAGGAGAAGAGGAGAGUGGCAAGCGCAGUGGAUGAACAACAACAACAAGAACAGCAAACACAUUAUCAACUGUCAUCCGCUCUCUUUCUUACAUCUCUCUCUCUCUCUCUCUCUCUCUGUCUCUGCGGAGAGAGACACACGCACACAGCUGCUUACGCUUAGGCAUUUGCAUUUGCAUUUAACUAACACCAAAAAUAAGACAAAUCAUUAAACACACAUAGAGAAACACGCCCACUUACACAUACAUACGCAUAACACAUAUAUACAUACUUACCAUGGCAGACUUAAUGCGUUUGGGCUUGGGUAAUGUGGACGUUGUCAUUCAGAAAGAUAAACUUGGUUCGCCAACCGGCGGCUCGGAUGACGGCAAUUUGGCUGCUCUGGGCGGUAUAAGCAGUCUGGGCGCCAUGAUGGCAGCUGGUGGCAUUGACUUGGCCGAUUUGGCCCAGGAAUUGGAUCAGGAUGAGUUCGAUGGUCCGCAUAUGUUGAAUGGCGAACGUCCGGCAAUUAUUGCACCGCCGGAAAGUGAAUGGUAUCAUGGACGUUUGGAUCGUUAUUCGGCAGAGUCUCGUUUACGUGGAAGUGGCAAACUGGGCAGUUAUUUGGUUCGGGAAAGUGAUCGCAAGCCAGGCUCCUAUGUUCUAAGCUAUUACGGACGCACUGGCAUCAAUCAUUUUCGAAUUACGGCCGUUUGCGGUGACUUUUAUAUUGGCGGUCGUCAGUUUAUAUCGCUGAGCGAUCUCGUUGGCUACUACACUUCAUGCAGUGAUCUACUGAAGCGUGAGCGUCUGGUCAUACCAGUGGCCCCACCGGAGCCGGUAAAUGACAAGAAGCGCGUUGUGGCCAUUUUGCCGUAUACGAAAAUGCCCGAAACCGAUGAGCUGAGUUUCCAAAAGGGUGACAUCUUUUUUGUGCACAACGACAUGGGUGAUGGCUGGCUUUGGGUCACUGCACAUCGAACUGGUGAACAGGGAAUGAUUUUCCGUGAACUCGUUGACGAUCUCGAUGUGUCAAUUGAUCCAAAUACAGUGUUCCCUUGGUUCCAUCCCAAUUGCACCAAGAACGAGGCGGUCGAUAUGCUUGUCAAGGCUGGUCCUGGCAGUUUUUUGGUGCGACCCAGUGACAAUUCACCCGGUGACUACUCUCUAUUCUUUCAUAUUAACAAUCAAAUCCAGCGUUUUCGCAUAGAGAAGAAGGGUGUGCGCUAUCUGAUGGGCGGGCGGACCUUCGAAUGUCUGGACGCGGUGAUCAAUCGGUAUCGCAAAGAGCAGAUUGUCGAAGGACAUUCGCUAAAUCAUCCAGUGGUGAAUGGCACUCAACCAGAAUUCAGUCAACAGUAUGUUGUGGAGAAGGCCGCCGAAAAGAUUUAUGCCACGCUGCGCGAAUGCCGCGAUCAGAUCGGUCUGAAGAAAAUCAAGGGCAUCAAACACCAUGGCCAGCUGAAUAAGAAGUCAGACAAAACAACCAAAUGGAAGCAAUUGUAUUUUGCUCUCAUCAACGAUGGCACCGAGACCCAACUCUGUUUCUAUGACAAUCCCAAAAAGACUAAGCCCAAGGGCCUUAUCGAUUUGUCCUGUGCGUAUCUCUACCAGUGCCAUGAUUCGCUCUGGGAGCGACCCUAUUGCUUUCAAAUUGUCGAACGGGCUCUGCCCUGCCUGGCCACGGUCACGUAUCUGUGUGCGCCCAGUCAGGAGAGCUAUGUGGAAUGGAUAAAUGCAUUGAAAGCGCAAUGCGAUUCACAACUGAGCCGCGCACAAAAGAAGGUAUCGCGUCUGCGUGAGCUACGAUGCCUCAAUCUUCAUGUCCUGGAGGCACAUCGCCUGCCAUUCAAACUUGUGCCACAUCCCUACUGUAGUAUCUCGCUUAACCAAGUCAAAGUGGGCAAAACGCGUGUCAAGAUACCACCAGAGCCCGUUUGGGAGGAGGAGUUUGUCCUGGAUGAUGUUCCACCCGAUGUAGUCUCCCUUACCAUCACACUGGUGUCACGCGGCAAACGUGGCAAGGAUUCGGAGGUCGCUGAACUAACCAUCGAUCUAGCCAGUCUUAAGAAUGGCCAGGAGACGGAGGGUUGGUACCAGCUCACCGGCAUGACGCCCAUGGGCGAGUGGGGCUCUUUACGUUUGCGUAUGCGCUAUCUUGAUGAUCUGAUAAUGCCCUGCGAAGAGUACAGCCCCUUGCAGCAGUUGCUCCUCGAGCCCGAAUUGUAUGCGGUGAAGGCUCUGGCCGAACUCUGUCACAACGAUCGCGUGCCCUUGGCUACGGCCUUGUUACGUGUAUUCCGGCAUGAGAAGCGCGAAACGGAAUUGAUACGCAUUUUGUGUCAGGCUGAGGUGGCGCGCGAAAAUGAGACUACUACGCUAUUCCGUGGAGCCUCACUGGCGACCACUUUGAUGGAUUUGUAUAUGCGCACCGAAUGCACCGGCUUCCUUCAGUCGGCGGUGAGUGAGACAGUGCAGCGUAUUCUGGAGAGCAAACAGUCGGCAGAACUGAAUCCCACAAAAAUGGAUGUCAACGAUGAUGCCUGCACAAAUGCUGAAUUCCUGCUGCAAAUUCUCGAUCUCGUCACUCAAUCGAUAUUCACAUCCCCGGACGCCUGUCCGCGUAAUGUACGCUAUAUUUGCAAUUGCCUUCAGAAGGCGGUGGUCGCCAAAUGGCCAACGGAGCGUCUGGUGCGUACUAGGGUCGUUUCUGGUUUCAUAUUCCUGCGUCUGCUCUGCCCGGCAUUGCUGAAUCCACGCCAGUUUGGCCUAGUCAGUGAGACGCCUCCAACGGCUGCCACACGUUCGCUAAUUAUGGUCGCCAAAUGCCUCCAGAAUCUGGCCAAUCUAAUUGAAUUUGGCGGAAAGGAGCAAUACAUGGAGGUGGUAAAUCCUUUUAUACUCAAAAAUAAGGAGCGCAUGAUUGUAUUCUUGGAUCAAUUGUCGUUAGUUUCGGAUCCGAAUCCACCGCUGGGCAUGUUUGUCGAGCAGAAUCCCAAUCAUAAUGCACAGGACACGGGACGUGAAUUGGCCACACUGCAUCAUAUCUGCGUAUCAUAUUUGCCAGAGCUGCAGGAAUUAUCGCAUAUAAUUUCGAUCAAGAAACUUGUCACUGUCACCGAUAUGUUGACCAAGCAUAAAUUGAAAUACCGUGAAAUGAUCAGCUAAAGCUAAUGAAAAUGAGCGAGUGAGAUACAGAUGUAACAGCACAGGCCGGACACACACAAACACACACACACACAAUAGUCAGUUUAUAUACAUACAUAUAUAGAUAUUUGUAUUACGAUUAGUAUAUAAUAUUAUACCAUUGGAACCAUUUCUGGAACCAUAACCAAUUAUCAACAUA